CAAAUCAAAAAAUGACUAUAAAACCUACAAUUAUACUGGUGAAGUUAUUAAGGAUACUAAAGCUGCCAGUAACAUUAAAGGUGAAGCAUUUGAGUAUUAUUCAAGACCAGUUAAUGCAGAUAGAACUGAUAGUAUUAGUCUUGUGAAGGAUGAAGUGCAAAUAUUGGCUGUAUGUGAUCAAAACUUGUCAAAGUAUUAUUCGAAUCCUGAUGAAAAUAAUAACUUGAAACUUGUUAAAGCCCAAAAUUAUAACGAUAAUAGGAACCUUGAAGAUU